UUAGUGUUCUGUAGAAUCGCAGUAGAUAUUCGGUUGUUGACGGGUUCUGACGUGAGCAGUUAGUGUUGGAGUUUGUUGUCGUGGCUGUGGUAGCAAAAGUUUAUACAAAUUAAAGAAAAUGUCAACGUUACAAACUGUGCUGGGUAAAUUUUACGUGGAAUAUGCUAACAACACACCCAAGAAGUUGAAAAUAAUUGAUGCGUACUUGCUAUACAUAUUCCUAACCGGCGUUAUUCAGUUCGUGUACUGCUGCUUAGUGGGCACAUUUCCAUUCAAUUCCUUCUUAAGUGGAUUUAUUUCAUGCGUGAGCUGUUUCGUCUUAGGAGUUUGUCUGCGACUACAAGUCAACCCUCAGAACAAGAGCCAGUUCUAUGGAAUAAGUCCUGAAAGGGGCUUCGCGGACUUCCUCUUCGCGCACAUCAUUCUUCAUCUUGUAGUUAUGAAUUUCAUUGGAUAGCUGUGGCACAAAUUUCUAUGGCAUUUUUGAUGUUUUUCAAAAAUUGUUUUAAAAUGAUUGCUAAAUAAAUUUGAUAUUUGUUUGUCUUAA